AUGGCACAACAACCACUUUGUCCAUAUACAACUACCACUGACAUCAAACUCUCCCUUGCCGGCGUGUUUUCAAUGCAAUUCAACAGUUGUGGGCUUGAGGCCAACUAUGCCCCUGCAUGGAUUGCUACUCUCCAAGGCACAUGUGCCUUCUUGAAUCGCCUCUCCAUUGCAAUGGAGCCAUUCUUAUCUGUUCCUGGGGGGAUGAUAAACAGACUGGAACUGGAAUCGGGUCACAAGAAUUUGGAGGAAAGAAAAAUCACUCUGCAGAAAUCAGCAAGCAACCCUCCAUUGAUCAAGGGGCGUCCUUUGACUAUGACUCUGGCAUGGGUGGGAAUCAAAAUCAUCCAUCAAUGUGUGCUCCUCAUUGGCAAAUUCAAGUGGUCACCUCCACAUGCAGAUGCUGAUAUUGUUGGGGUCACCGCCAUUUUGGAGAUCCUGACAGGAGAUGUGCCAGAUGCCGACAAUGACAAUCUUGGGAGGGCAAACACACAAUGUGCUACUGCACAAUACAUUUUCUCAUCUACCCUUCGGCUGUGGAGGUCAUUGCCAUGGCAAGCGCUGGUCCAUUCUGGCAAUGGGCCACUAUCAGGUGAGAGGAGGUUCCUGAAUAUGAGUGGUUGGAGGGGGUUCCUCUGA